AAGUAGCUGUCAAACAAACCGCUUCGAGCAGCUGCUGCUGGAGGGACGAGGAGCACCAGGAAGUCCUGACUACUGACAGCACUUCGGAAAGUCACACCGACAUCUUCAGCGUUGGACUAAAUGUGUUGGAUAGCGUUCGUUUUUCAACAGCUACACGAAUUUAAGUGGUCCAGCUGGCCAAUGGUGGAACUAUGGUGGCCAUCGUGGACGUCCGGUGGUGCUAGCAUCAGUGUGUGUGUGAGCGCCCUCCUCGCUGCGUAGCGCACGUGCAUCCCAUGAUGCCGUCGUCGACGCGGAAAGGGGCGGUGAAGGACCCUGAACUGGCCGAUCUCUUCUUCAAAGAUGACCCCCAGGACGUGUUCUGCGACCUGCACGAGAUUGGACAUGGGAGCUUCGGGGCGGUCUACUUUGCCCGAAACUCCUACUCCAAUGAGGUGGUGGCCAUCAAGAAGAUGUCCUACAAUGGAAAACAGACUACUGAAAAGUGGCAGGACAUCAUAAAGGAGGUGAAGUUCUUGGAGCAGCUACGCCACCCAAACACCAUUGAGUACAAAGGAUGCUACCUAAAGGACAACACUGCCUGGCUGGUGAUGGAGUACUGCCUCGGCUCCGCAUCAGAUCUGCUAGAGGUUCACAAGAAACCACUCCAAGAGGUUGAGAUUGCCGCCAUUACCCAUGGUGCCUUGCUAGGACUGGCUUACCUACAUUCCCAUAAUAUGAUUCACAGAGAUGUGAAGGCCGGUAACAUCCUGCUGACGGAGUUGGGUCAGGUGAAACUGGCUGACUUUGGGUCCGCAUCCAUCGCCUCCCCUGCCAACUCCUUCGUAGGAACCCCAUACUGGAUGGCUCCUGAAGUGAUCCUAGCCAUGGAUGAAGGUCAAUACGAGGGGAAGGUGGACAUCUGGUCCCUUGGGAUCACCUGCAUAGAACUUGCGGAACGCAAGCCGCCAUUGUUCAAUAUGAAUGCCAUGAGUGCCUUAUAUCACAUUGCCCAGAACGACUCUCCCACGCUGCUGUCCAACGAAUGGUCGGAUCCCUUCCGGAGCUUCGUGGACUACUGCCUACUGAAGAUUCCUCAGGACCGACCUUCAUCAGGGGAGCUGUUGAAACAUGACUUUGUGCGGCGGGAGCGGCCUCCACGGGUGCUGAUGGACCUGAUCCAGCGCACUAAGGACGCGGUGCGGGAGCUGGACAACCUGCAGUACCGCAAGAUGAAGAAGAUCCUGUACCAGGAGAAGCACAUCGGCCUGAUGGGGGAGAGCCAGGAGGACGAGGAGGACAGUGAGGCAGCGAGCUGCAAGAGGAACAGCCUGGGGAGCAACCACUCCAUCCCCAGCACGUCGCUCAGCACGGGCAGCCAGAGCAGCAGCGUCAACAGCAUGCAGGAGAUGCUGGAGGACAGCUGCCCUGACAUGACCAUGAUGCUGCACCAAGACUACGACAGCACCCUGGACUCCUCGCCUCAAGCCAAGAAGGACCACUGGGAUGAAGCUCUCCACAGGGACCAACGGCAGGAGAGGUCGUCUUCCUCAGACCGGAGCAGCGAGGGACAGAACUACAGGAACCAAGGCCGCUUCGCCACCAUUAAGUCAGCCUCACUGGUAACCAAGCAGAUCCACGAACAUGAGCAGGAGAGCGAGCUGCGGGAGCAGAUGUCCGGCUACAAGCGCAUGCGACGGCAGCACCAGAAGCAGCUGAUCGCCUUGGAGAACAAGCUGAAGGCCGAGAUGGACGAGCACCGGCUGAAGAUCCAGAAGGAGGUGGAGACCCAGGCCAACAACGCCUACAUCGAGCUGGAGAAGCUGGCCAAGCGACACAUCGUGCACACGGAGAGGGAGAUGAAGACCACGUUGACGGAUGAGAAGAAGUUCCAGCAGCAGAUCGUGGCCCAGCAGAGGAAGGAGCUGACCACCUUCCUGGACACCCAAAAGAAACAGUACAAGCUCUGCAAGGAGAAGAUCAAGGAGGAGAUGAACGAGGACCACAGCACACCCAAGAAGGAGAAGCAGGAGCGCCUGUCCAAGCACAAGGAGAACAUGCAGCACUCGCAGGCGGAGGAGGAGGCUCUGCUCCUGGGCCAGCAGAGGGUCUUCUACGAGAGGAACUGCCGCACGUUCAAGCGCAAGGUCAUGCAUAAGAGGCACGACUUUGAGCAGGAGCAGAUCCGCGAGGAGCUCAACAAGAAGAAGACCCAGAAGGAGAUGGAGCACGCCAUGCUGAUCCGCCACGACGAGUCCACCCAGGAGCUGGAGCAGCGGCAGCUCAAGACCCUGCAGAAGCUGCGCAUGGACCUGAUCCGGCUGCAGCACCAGACUGAGCUGGAGAACCAGAUAGAGUACAACAACCGGCGGGAACGCGAGCUCCACCGUAAGCACGUGCUGGAGCUCCGGCAGCAGCCCAAGAACCUCAAGUCCCUGGAGUUGCAGAUCAAGAAGCAGUUCCAGGACACGUGCAAGGUGCAGACCAAGCAGUACAAGGCGCUGCGCCACCACCAGAUGGAGGUCACUCCCAAGUCGGAGCACAAGGCCGUGCUGAAGGCCCUGAAGGAGGAGCAGACGCGCAAGCUGGCCAUCCUGGCCGAGCAGUACGAGCAGAGCAUCAACGAGAUGAUGGCCUCGCAGGCGCUGCGACUGGACGAGGCCCAGGAAGCGGAGUGCCAGGCUCUGAGGCAGCAGCUGCAGCAGGAGAUGGAGCUGCUCAACGCCUACCAGAGCAAGAUCAAGAUGCAGACGGAGGCGCAGCACGACCGCGAGCAGCAGAAGCUGGAGCAGAAGGUGUCGCUGCGCCGCGCUCACCUGGAACAAAAGAUUGAAGAGGAGCUGGUUUCCCUUCAGAAGGAGCGGACCGACCGCAUCAAGCACCUGCUGGAGCGCCAGGAGCGGGAGGGGGACAGCUUCGACAUGGAGAGCCUGCGGCUGGGCUUCGGGAACCUGGGGGCCCUGGAGUACCCCAAAGACGACUACAGAUGAGGCCGACGUCCGCCACACACCCGCCCCCCAACCCUCCUCCGACGCAUCGUCCAGCCCGGCGGGACGCUUUGUCCUGAAGACGUCCACGCCACGCGCCUCUAGGACCAGCCGGGGGCUCGGCCCCGCCGGGUCUGCGAGAGGCGACCACAGAUUCUAGAGCCCGAAAGCGCGCACACGCACACACACACACACACACACACACACACACACACACACACACACACACACACACACACACACACACACACACACACACCUGUAUGCCCCCUUGCGGCGAUACAUGAUGACAACCUAAUGCUGGAUGAAAUAUUGUAGUUGUCAUGUCUUUUGUAAAAUGGAGAAUGAUAACAUUGUCAGUGUUCUUUGUUUCUUGUGCGAUGAAAACACUUCCACAGCUGGAGGGAGGGCUGAAGGAGAUGCUGGCUUGUUGAGCAGUGACUCUUGUAAGGGUAACAUUAUUUGGUUUGUCUCAAUCAGUACAAAGAAAGAAGAGGCAAGAGCACACACAUUAACACAACCCUGAUCUCAAGCAAUGACCAAUCGUACUGCAAACAGUUUGGAGCUGCUUCAAAUGCUUUUUUUUUGGUAUUUAGUCGUCACAAUUUUUUUAUAUAACGUUUGAAUAAUUUGAUACAAGUAAAAUUGUCUGUGAGUCGGUAGAUUUUUACUAAAUAUGAUUUUCUUUUGAGUGGAUUACUGAUUACUGGCUGCGGCACUGAGGGGUUGGGUCUAUGCUACUUCUCCGUGUUUCUUUGUAGUUUCACUGAACUGGCCGCCAAUGUGAGUCAUAUUACACGUGAACUCCAACUCCCAGCAGGCACAAGGGCUUCAGGGGGGGUUGGGGGGGGGGGGGGGGGGGGGGGGCGAGGGGACAUGUAUUUUGUGUAUAGAAGGAUUUAUCGAGAGCUUUUACUUAUUUUCGUAAUGUAUUUUAAAUGUUACGCAAAUCCGAUUUUUAAAGAUUUCUUUUUCUCCUCUCACAUUCCUGUAUAUUAAUUGAUGUCAAGUAAUCUGUUGAUGGGAUUUUAAUUUGAAAAUUCAGUGAAAUCUUUUUAUUUCAUUCUUGCUUUAACCCCAAUUCAAGCGGUGUAUUUUCUUAUACGCCCAACCAGUAUGAUGCUUUAUUAAUGCAUGCACUUUAAUUUCAUUUCCAGGUUAAAGGAAAGCAUGACUGUCAGGAGAUUUUAAUUAUAUUUGUAAAUAAAGUGCUCAUCUCACCGAUA